AUGCCACGUAAGCUACGUAAGAAUAUACGUAAGAGGAAGAGAGCAUUGAAACAUCCAAUAGUAAAACUGACACCACAACAACAGUUGCAACAACAAAUGCUGAAUGACCCCACUAUGUUGCAACAAAUGUCAAGCAAUCCUAUGCUUUUAAACCGAGUCAUUGGUGCACAGAGUGGAGGUUUAAGAGCGGCACUUUUAGCGAAAAUGGCAGGCUAUGGUGGAGCUGCAGACGGAACAGCUUAUAACCCUCAAAGUCAAAUGAAUUUGAGUUCACUCAAAAAUCAAAUAACAGAUGUCAAAAAGUCAAACAUAGACAUACAGAAACAAAUAAGUGAAAACGAAAAGAAACUAGAAUAUGACAGACACACAAAGAAACUCAAUGAGUUAAACGUAGAGAAAAAGAAGAAAGAAGAACAACUGAAAGAACUAAGUACAGAGGAAUAUGCGAAAAAAGUGUCAGAAAAAGCAGCAGAAGUAGCAAAAAUGGAACAAGAUGUCAUAAAUUUGAAAAACCAUACUACUCAAUAUAAAGUACUGAAAGAUGAAGAGAUAAAACAAAAAGCCCUGAAGACAUAUAUGGAUAG